AGUGCUCCUACAGUCCUACCUAUUACAGUAUUACUGUCCAGUCUGCUUUGGAAGAUCCGUCAUCAAUGGAAUCCACGGGCGAAAAGCCGAAACUUACUAGUAGCAGUAUUUACUGGGUCUCUUGUACCGAUUCGCCCGAGUUCACCCACCUGAGUUGGUGUCUGACUCACUCCGCUGUCGUCGGAAUCGACGCCGAAUGGAAGCCCCACCGCAGCCGCCAAUCCACCUUUCCCACGGUCUCUCUCCUCCAAAUCGCAUGCCGACUAUUCCCGGACUCCAACGAGUCGCCGGUCUUCCUUCUCGACCUAUCCGUACUUCCUCUUCCCUCAAUCUACGAAUUAUUGAGCAACGCAUUUGUAUCCCAUGAUAUUCUCAAAUUAGGUUUUAGGUUCAAACAAGACUUGGUAUAUUUAUCGUCCACUUUCUGUUCUCAAGGCUGCGAUCCUGGUUUCGAUAGGGUGGAGCCUUUUCUAGAUAUUACAAGUGUGUACAGCCAUCUACAGCACAAGCAAUCUUCAGGAAGAAAGGUACCAAAACAAAGCAAGAGCUUGGCAACCAUUUGCCAAGAAGUGCUGGGUGUUUCACUUUCAAAGGAACUUCAAUGCAGUGAUUGGUCGCACCGUCCUCUUAGCGAAGAGCAAAAAGCGUAUGCAGCUGCUGAUGCUCAGUGUUUGCUUGAUAUAUUUAAUGUCUUCCAAGCAAAGGUUGAGAAAGAAGGGAAUUCUUUUCAUAGGUCAUCGAACUUUAACCUUGGGUUGAAGCAGAUUCUUGAGAUUUCUAAUUGUUGUCAGACGGUCCUAAGGAAAAAUGUCUCUGAAGCUUCUAAUGUGAUUCGAGCUACUAUGUCUGAGUUCCCAGGUAGAAUUCCUGCUAUUGAGGCUAAAGCCUCUGAGAAAUCAAGUGGAUUUACCAAAGAAAUGGAUGUCAUCCUCUUGCGUAUUGCUAGAAAAUAUGGUGACAAAAUUUUGUUGAAGGACUCUGACAGGAAACCUAAAAUGUCCAAGAAGAAAGGAAAAAGGUCAUCUGCAGGGAUGACUUACAAAGAAAGACUCGUGCAAAGUGUUGAUGAUUGGCAAGGGCCUCCCCCAUGGGAUCUUUCAGUGGGUGGUGAUGGAUGCCCCAAAUUUCUCUGUGAUGUGAUGGUGGAAGGCUUAGCAAAGCAUUUACGUUGCGUUGGGAUAGAUGCUGCUAUUCCGCAUUCAAAGAAUCCUGGAACUAGGGAUUUGAUAGACCAAGCAAACAAGGAAAAGAGGGUGCUUUUAACUCGGGAUGCGAAGCUUUUGACACAUAACUAUCUGAUAAAACAUCAAAUAUACAUGGUCAAAAGUCUUCUGAAAAAUCAACAGCUACUUGAGGUAAUCAAAACUUUUCAACUGAAAAUUUGCGAGCAUCAGCUAAUGUCAAGGUGCACUAAAUGCAAUGGGAAGUUCAUCCAAAAACCCUUAACAACUGAAGAGGCUGUGGAAGCUGCCAAAGGAUUCCAAGUGAUUCCCAACUGCUUGUUUAACAAGAAUCUAGAGUUUUGGCAGUGUGUGGACUGCAAUCAACUUUACUGGGAGGGAACCCAAUAUCACAAUGCUGUUCAGAAGUUCAUUAACGUGUGCAACCUAAAUGAAUAGCUCAAAGCCAUUUGAUUUGAUGAUCAAACAAAAGGCAACCAUGCUUCUGUCGUGGAGAAAACAAAAGGCAACCAUGAUAAAUCGAAAGGCAUUGUGAUUUAAUGAUGACAGUGCUGUUCAGAAGUUCAUUAACGCGUGCAAACUAAAUGGAUAGCUCAGUGCCAUUUGAUUUGAUGAUCAAACAAAAGGCAACCGUGCUUCUAUAGUGGUGAAAAAAAAAAACUGAAUAAAAGUUUUGUUAUCUUCUCUCUGGCUCAAGUUCUAUUGACUUCUUGUUACUUCGUAUGUAAUGGGCUGCAAUCCUCCCCAGAACCCACCAAAAAAAAAAAAACUUUUCUGUAGCAGUCCGCCUGUAACAACUUAUUGUAAAAAGUAGCUGUUUGGAUUGUAAAAAGUAGAUGGUGUAAAUUUUUUGGUGUCAUACACAUCCGUUGAAUGGCUCCAUCACCUUUUACUCUCUUACAUUCUGUAAGUGGGUGUGUGUCCAAAUAAUACUCUCACUAUCAGUCUAACACUCCCAUAUUGUGACA